AUGUCGCUGAUCACCCCUACAGUGGCUCUCUUUACUGAAUACGGUGUAUUCCAGUCCUACGGAUUUGAUACUGAAUAUCAAUAUCUGCAACAAGGCGAUAAAGACAAGCAUCUGCUUUUUCGAGACUUUAUUUGGGAUCUUUUCUGUGUUAGGGAUGAGGUUCCAAAAAAUAUAAAGGCAGUAAACGAAAAAGAAAUGAAGUCAAACAGUUUUAUCGUAUAUGGAUGGUCACAUAAAAGUUAUGAUACAAAAACGUUCCAUAGACGUAUCCCUGAGGCAGGCUUUUCCCCUGAUAAAAUAACAAUAGUUGUGGAGGCUGCAGCAGCUCUCUACUUCUGCCUACAAAACCCAGUACUUUCAGGUCUCCCUAGACCAACAGGAAGCCAAAACAAAUCUUAUGUGUUUGUAGAAUGUGAAGAGCUUUUACAGAAAAUGGCUGAAGUUGAAGUCACAGUUGGAAUUCGCAUAGGUACAAAUUAUACAACAUAUGCAUGGAACACUCAAUCUAUAGAAGAUCCGGCUUUUAUAAGUGCCCAGUGGAUCGACUCCUCAUCGAAAUCAAUAUGUUUAGAGACUCCAACAAUUGCCCUGUUCGAUUUCGAUAGGAAACUCCAAGCAUUUGGAUUUGAAGCAGAAAAAGAAAUACAACAACAAACUCAAAACGAUCUUCUAGUUUUUCCGGAAUUCAUACAAGAUAUCUUCUGUAACGGAAUUCAGGUUCCAUUGCAAUUAACAGCCGAAAAUGGUGUCCUGGUAUCGUCCUCUAAUAUCAUGACUCAGGUCAUAUCCUUCCUACUAAGGGAAAUGCCAAUCAAACCAAGCAAAGUUGUGUUCACUGUACCAACUGCAGCGACAGAGGAUGCUUACAAUUUUUUCAAAAAAUCUGCAAAAAAGGCUGGAUUGGAAAAAGUGUAUAUCAUUCCUGAGGCCACAUCUGUCCUUUACUACUGCAGGGAGUAUCAUCGUUUAUAUAAAACCACUUCAAGUAAAGAGGUGGAUGCUUUUGCCAAAGGGAAACAAAGCGUAGUUUUAGAGUGUGAAGACGACAACGUUAGUAUUUCCGUAUUAGAGGUUAGAGAUGGUGUCAUUAAGAUUGUCUAUAAUAGUUUCUCAAAUGUGUUGGCAGCUUGCCAAGUUCAGAAAGAUUUCGAGGCUAUGAUUAUUGAAAUUUUUGGGGAAUCCGUAUUUGACGACUUUUAUAGGAAUCAUCGCUCAGAAUAUUUUGAAAUAGUUCAUGAACUACGCAGGAAAAUGACAGUUGACCUAAAGGAGGAAAAGCCAGUGAAUAUCAAUAUACCGGCAUCUUUAAUUUCUGCGUUUGAAAAGACUACUGGAAAGACUUUGAAUCGAGCACUUCGACGAACAAAAUUUUCGGAUAAAAUUUCUUUCAUCGGCAAUAAAUGUAGGGUUAUGCCAGAAAUAUUUCAGAGUUUGUUUAAGGAAGCAGGUGAGAACAUUGUUCAACUUCUUAAUAAAGCCAUAGCGGAUUCAGGGCUUUCAAAAGCUGAAAACAUUAGAAACAUUAUUCUCGUUGGAUUUUUUUCAAAAUCCACCAUUCUUCAAGACUUGAUAAAAAGGUCCUUUCGUACGUGUCAUGUCAUAGUCCCUGAAGAUGCCAAUCUGGUUGUAGUAAAAGGAGCAGCAAUAUAUGGCCAAAAGCCGGUAAAAAUUCAAAAGUUUGAACAGAUUCAUAAAGUUACGCAUGCACAAGUGGCAAUUGAACCUGUUGCUUCAAGAGAGGUCGUCACUGAAACUAAUGUCACAAAUAUUGAAAACACAUUCGAAUUUGAAGAUGAGGAGGAAGACAUAUAUUUAGGAAGUGAUGAAUACAGAGUUAUUUCCAACCCGGAAUUACCUAAAACAAGACACUCUCUGACGACCUGUGCGAUUCAGUGA